UUGUCACGUGCGCCGCGUGACAAGGUGCAGUGGUUGAAGGAUGGUAAACCGUUGGGUCGUACUCCGGACCGUGUUCGUGUGGAGGAGGCUUCGGAUGGUCGAGUGCAUCGGAUUGUGUUCAGCGCAUUGGAAGACGGUGAUUUGGGUGUUUACACAAUUCGCGUGAAUGGUUUGAGUAGCGAGGCGCGAGUGGAUAUGAAGGUGGCACCUGUGUUGCGUUUGACGGAGAAGUUCAGGGACAAGGUGAUAUUGAAAGCUGGAGCGUCAGCUGUGCUGGAGAUUCCGUUCGCAGCGAGUCCGAAACCGAAGGUGGAGUGGGUGUGGAGACCGCGGGUACGUCCGGAUUCGGAGCCGGGUGCGAGUCAAACUCCGCGCUUCAAACCGGAUGUGGUGUCUGGUUUGACAUCGUUGCCGUUGGGUAAGGUGAAGCGGGAAGACGCUGGUGACUACGUGGUGACGAUUAGUAACGAGUUGGGCGAAGUGUCAGUGUCGGUGCAAUUGAUUGUGCUGGACAAGCCGUCGGCGCCUCGUCAGCCUGAAGUGAGGGAGAACACGGGCGAACGUGUGGUGUUCUACUGGUUGGAACCGGAAUUCCUCGGCCUCAGUGUGGACGUGUCGGCGGCGGAAGGGUUGACGUACGUGGUGGAGAUGCGUGAGGCGACUCAACGUGUGGGCAAGCCGGUGACGACAACCAGUGAGUUGCAGACACCGAUCGAAGGUCUUCAGUUGAACAAGUCGUACAUCUUCAGUGUGGCAGCGAAGAACGAAGUUGGACAGUCGGAGUUUGUCGAUACGAAACCGGUGUCGACCAAACUGGAAUACGGUCCUCCACGUAGUCCGACCAACGUGAAGGCGGUGGUGAAUCCGGCGCGGGCUGCAGUAUCGGAGCAGAGCAUCGAACUGACGUGGGAGCAACCGACGGACGAGGCGAGUGGUGCUGGGCCAGUGUCGAAUUUCUACAUCGAGAUGAAGCCAUCGGAUUCGACGCGUUGGCAAGAGGUAGCGGCGGAGUUCACUGUGCCCGAACCACAUUGCACUGUGUCGUGCAAGGGUAUGAAGGAGUUCACGAAGUACGAGUUUCGUGUGACGUCGGAGAAUAAGGCGGGCAAGAGCAAGCCAUCGGAACCUUCGAAUCCGGUGGAACUGGGAAUCCCGCUGGAGUUCGUUCGCCCACUGACCGAUGUGGCAGUGACCGAAGUGACUGGUGAGCCGGUGGUGCUGGAAUGCGAGUUGUCACGUGCGCCGCGUGACAAGGUGCAGUGGUUGAAGGAUGGUAAACCGUUGGGUCGUACUCCGGACCGUGUUCGUGUGGAGGAGGCUUCGGAUGGUCGAGUGCAUCGGAUUGUGUUCAGCGCAUUGGAAGACGGUGAUUUGGGUGUUUACACAAUUCGCGUGAAUGGUUUGAGUAGCGAGGCGCGAGUGGAUAUGAAGGUGGCACCUGUGUUGCGUUUGACGGAGAAGUUCAGGGACAAGGUGAUAUUGAAAGCUGGAGCGUCAGCUGUGCUGGAGAUUCCGUUCGCAGCGAGUCCGAAACCGAAGGUGGAGUGGGUGUGGAGACCGCGGGUACGUCCGGAUUCGGAGCCGGGUGCGAGUCAAACUCCGCGCUUCAAACCGGAUGUGGUGUCUGGUUUGACAUCGUUGCCGUUGGGUAAGGUGAAGCGGGAAGACGCUGGUGACUACGUGGUGACGAUUAGUAACGAGUUGGGCGAAGUGUCAGUGUCGGUGCAAUUGAUUGUGCUGGACAAGCCGUCGGCGCCUCGUCAGCCUGAAGUGAGGGAGAACACGGGCGAACGUGUGGUGUUCUACUGGUUGGAACCGGAAUUCCUCGGCCUCAGUGUGGACGUGUCGGCGGCGGAAGGGUUGACGUACGUGGUGGAGAUGCGUGAGGCGACUCAACGUGUGGGCAAGCCGGUGACGACAACCAGUGAGUUGCAGACACCGAUCGAAGGUCUUCAGUUGAACAAGUCGUACAUCUUCAGUGUGGCAGCGAAGAACGAAGUUGGACAGUCGGAGUUUGUCGAUACGAAACCCGUGUCAUCUAAGCCUGCCUUUGGUUUUUUUCCCCAGGUAUUUGUGUUUUUUACUUUUUAA